AUGCAUAUCGAGAACAGCAUAGCGGAGGUGGAAAACAAGAACCAGGAGUUAGGACAGGAUGCUUUGGUCGAGAACCAUGAUCCCCACGAUCCUCUAUCCUGGAGCGUUCUGCGGAAACUUACCAUCCUCCUUGUUGUCGGCUUGUGGAUUCUGCUGGGGACUUCAAACAUGAUCAUCAUUGCUCCGGCACUCCAAAUCAUCCCAGUGGAGUUUCAGUCUUCCUUUAACACUUCGACUUACCUCGUCGGCGGUCCGCUCUUGGCCUACGGCAUUUCAUCCUUCCUCUGGGUGCCCCUGGGUAACAGAUAUGGCAUCAGACUCGUCUUUGUCCUCAGUUCUCUGGCUGCCGCCUGCAUGGAUUGUUGGGCUGCCAAGGCAACCUCGUUUGGCAGCCUUGUCGCUGCCAGGACUCUAGCCUCGAUGUUCUACGCGCCUCCAGAAACACUGGCACCUCAGCUGGUUGGCGAUGUCUUCCAUUUCAAGGACAGAGCAAAAGCGAUGACAUGGGUAGGCAUCUUGCAGGCCAGUGGCUUCUCUGGUGCGCCUUUGAUCGGAGCUUUUAUCAUUCAAGACCAAACCCUUGGCUGGCGCUGGAUCGAAUGGAUCUUAGCCAUUAUUACAUUCGGUGCCGCAGCAUUGAUGAUCCUCCUCCUACCAGAAACCCAAUAUACGAGACACGCGGAAGAAUCGGCAACGCUGACAAGGUCAUGGAAAGAUGAAUUGCGAUUUUCGCCCGUGAGCGGAGGAGGGAGACCGAAGGAGCAUAGUGUCCUCCAUGGACUCGCAACGAUACUUCCAUAUUUUGGACAUCCGGUCAUCAUUCUUAAUACGGCGUUCUUUUCUAUGACGCUGCUGGUCAAUAGCUACACCUUGACUACACAAUCCAUCACCUAUCUGACCGUCUAUCACUUCUCGAUUGGGAAUUCCGGCCUGACCUUCAUUGCGCCUUUGAUUGGUACCUGGGCGGCGAUGCUGUUCUGUGGUGUGCUGGCAGAUCGAAUGUUUAUUCGGUUGACGAAGAAAGAAGGACGGAAGCCCAAGCCCGAGCGCCGUUUGCCUCUCCUGAUAGUGACCGGUGUGGUUGGUAUUGGUGGCUCACUUCUUUUCGGGAUUUGCACUCAGCAGAAAUGCCACUGGAUUGCGCCUUUAUUCGGAUCAUGCUUUGUCUGCUUCUGCUUCAUCUCCUCCCUCAGCAUUUCAUUCGCGUAUCUCCUCGAUGUAUACGAAGCGAAAAUGGACACCGUCAUGGUCAUCGACAACGGAAUGAAGAAUCUGGCAGCAUUUGGCAUCAGCUACGCCAUUGUGCCGUGGAAUACAAGUGCUGGCUAUACAGUUCCCUUUGUUGUGAUGGCCGUGAUUCUGCUCGUUGCGCAUCUGCUCAUGGCUGCGGUCUACUUCAAGGGGGAAGCGAUGAGGAAGUGGAGUGCCCAGCGUUUCGAGUCGGCAAGGACAACACAUCAUGGGGACGCGUUCUGA